UUUCUCUUUUUGGCUACUCGAAUUGCAUUAGUUUUUCCUCUUUAUUUCUACAUUCUUUUCCAAAAACAUUUGAAUCUGUAGUUAGCAAUCUUCAAAACUGGUCAAUGGCUUGCAAUGCAGAAGAAAAUAAAGUGAGCAGCUUUCAUAGUGAGCAGAGUUUCUCUGAGGUGUCUGCUGGAGCUUGCGGAGUCAAGUUGGAAGCUGUUGAAGCAAUGGAUCCAAAUCUAGAUGCCAAAACAUCUGCCAGCAGCAGCAAGAGGGGGCCUGAGGAAGGGAUGGAAGUUGUAUAUGUAAAAGAAGAUCCAAAUACAUAUGAUAAGGAUUGUUCACCUGAGCUCCUCAGCCCUGGUGAUGUUGGCAAGCAAACUUCACCUUUCCCAUCCUGCUUACUAGAAAAGUUGGAAGCCAAAAUUGACAUUGAAGAUGAUUAUGAGGAUGGUCAUGGCACCACCCUCCACUGUGAUACUACUGAAGAGAAGGUGAUGCUGAAUGAUUAUUCUGAGAAGAAAUUCAUGGACACUCUCUUUUUUGAUGGAAGUGAGGUUGAUGAAACUACCAGUGAUGAUGACCUCAAUGACCCAGUAGCUGUGUAUGUCAGUGAUAUGGAUUCUCUUGGAUCAGAUUGCGGAGAUAUGGGACUAACUGAUGAACAAAUCGCACAUUUGGUAAACUUGCCUUCAGAUUAUAGCGACCCUAGUGACGAAGGAACAGACGAAGAGAAAACAACUUCUAAGCAUGCUUCUGAUGGCACCCUUCCACUUGAUCCUCUUGAUAAAGCGCAACAAAUUACAGAAAUUAUGAGCUCUAUCAGCACAUCAGUUGAAAAAGAAAGCAGCUGUGUCACCAUAAUUAUUGGCAAUGAAACCCAAUAAGUGAUUGAUUCAAAUACGACUGAACACCCACGAGAAGCACAAGACGAGGUAAAUCCAACUGCGACAGAAAAGAGA